UCUGAAAUGCCGACCGGAUAUAGUUUGGAAUCUGACUGUGAUUGAUCACAGUGGAACACCGAGACAGGACGAAGAAGAGAUAAGGACCGAACUUUGUGUGGAUGACUCAUUUCAAACAAUUAUAUCGACUUGUCUUUGUUUUAAAAGCAGUUUUUAGCGUUUUGUUUUUUCCUCAAAACUAUUCCGGAGGUAAAGAAGUUGUCCAAGUCUGCUGUCGGAGUAUUUUCUUGUUUAAAGUAAACGCUGACUUAGUAUUUUGAUUAGAAAACUAAUCAAACCGCUUGGAAGUUGAUGAGUUUUUUUUUUGUUUUUUUUUUUUUUAAACCACAAAUACAUUUCCUGAGUGGAUAACCUGGAAUGCGUGUUCAGCUGCUUCCCCUGGAAAAGACAGCACUCUGACCUGGACACAGGCUGUAUGGGUAACAAAGAGGGGUUCUAACCUGCGAGAAUGUUCCUUUUACCAGGUCGUCUGGCUUUUUACAGUCCAAAUAAAAUGACCGCCACACCAGGAUGGAAUGGGAAUUAUAAAUGAGUCUGCCCCCCCUCCCUUCAAACAAAGAAGCACACCUCUGUCGGAUUGGAGCAGCGUCGAGCGAAGAGGAAAAACCUUGCGGGAAAUGGAGCAGGAAGGCUCGUUGGAGCCCAACAACACACAGGCUGAGGUUUCUGUAUUGUUAGCCCCGUCCGAGCUGCUCCUUCGCCCUGUUUAGUACUAGAGCAUUCCUCCUCGUUACCAAAUGCAGCAGCCGGGUUUCCACUAGUCGUGUGUGGGGUUAAAGAAAAGGAAAAGGGGGAAAAAAAAGAAAAGAAAUGAGGCUGGACUGGCUGCAGUUGGUGGUGGUUUUGCUGCUGAGUGGCCUCCGUGGCUCCGCGGUGCCGUUCGCCUGCAAAACCUCCGACGAAGGGCCGAAGAGCGGAGGGAAAAGCCCGGCAUCCGACAGGAAGGUGGUCUGCAGCAACAUGGAGCUCCAUCAGGUGUUGCCUGCGGACUCCUUCCCCAACAGAACAGUCAUACUAAUUCUAAACAACAACAAGAUUCAGGAACUGAGAAAUGGAGUCUUCUCCGGAUUGUCUACAUUGGAAAAGUUGGACCUGCGGAACAACUUGAUCAGUCAUAUUGAGCCGGGAGCUUUCCUGGGAUUGAAAACUCUGAAGAAACUGGACCUGUCCAACAACAGCAUUAGCUGUCUUAACGGGGACGUCUUUAAGGGCCUGGACAGCCUGAGUCGGCUAAACCUUUCAGGAAACAUGUUCUCCUCAUUGGCUCAGGGAAUAUUUGACAGGCUGGUGUCUCUGAAGGCGUUAGAGUUUCAGACACCCUACCUGCUCUGUGACUGUAACCUUCGGUGGCUGCUGCGUUGGAUCAAAGACCGUAAUGUUUCUGUGAAGAACACAAAGUGCUCGUACCCUCAGUCGCUCCAGGGUCAGCUCAUAACGUCUUUGAGGCCAGAACUCCUUACAUGCGAUGCUCCGCUGGAGCUGCCCUCCUUCCAGCUAACUCCGUCCCAGCGUCAGGUGGUCUUCCAGGGGGACAGUCUGCCGUUCGAGUGUCAAGCUUCCCUCGUGGCCGAGGACAUGCAGGUCCUCUGGUACCAGAACGGCCGCAUGGUCAAGCCAGAUGCCACUCAGGGCAUUUUCAUAGAGAAACGCGUCGUGCAGAACUGUUCCCUCAUCGCCAGUGCCUUAACCAUCUCGAACAUCCAGCCCGGAUUCACUGGGAAUUGGGAGUGUCGGGUCCGGACCAGUCGGGGGAACACAACCAGGACUGUGCACAUUGUAGUGCUGCAAAGUUCUGCCAAGUACUGCGCUCCUGAACGCAUCUCCAACAACAAAGGAGAGUUCAGGUGGCCCCGCACUCUGGCAGGAAUCAAAGCCUACCUUCCCUGCAACUCGCCGACGUCCAGCGCACGCGCUUAUUCAGGCGUCCCGAGCGAAGAACGACAGACGUGGCGUCACUGCAGCCCCGAGGGGCAGUGGACGGAGGGCGACUACUCCCAGUGUCAGUUUCAAAAAGAGGUCACCAGGGGUCUCUACGUCAUCAACCAGAUGCCUCUAAACGAGACCAAUGUUGUAAUCAAAGCUCAAAGCCUGUUGGUGUACACAAUCGAUGCUGCCAACCUGUCAGACAAGAUGGACAUCAUCUUCAUGGCUGAAAUGAUUGAGAAGUUUGGCAAGUUUGUGGAGAAGUUUAAAGACCUGGGUGAGGUGAUGGUCAACAUGGCCAGCAACCUGAUGCUGGCCGACGAGAGAGUGCUGUGGAUGGCCCAGCGUGAAGCCAUGGCAUGCAGCCGCAUCAUCGCAUGCCUGCAGAAAAUAUCCGUCUACCGCCUGGCCACGGCGCAGGCUUUCUCCCUGACGUCCCCCAACAUCGCGCUGGAGGCCCACACGGUCAGGGCCAACGACUGGAACGGCAUGACCUGCAUGCUGUUCCAGAGGCCCAGCCCGGAGCGGCUGCCGGGCCACGACCGCCAGCUCACGUUCAAAUGCAACACCACCGGCUCCUUCGCCUCCGUCCUCUACAAGAGCACCGUAGUGGAGGCUUCGCUGCAACUCCCGCAGUCUCUCUUCAGUCAGGCUGCUACUCCGGGACAGACGGACGAUAACGUUUACAAGCUCUAUCUGCUCGGCUUCCGCAACGGCAAGUUCUUCCCCUCCACCGGGAACACCUCCCUUCUGGCUGAUGGAGGGAGGAAGAGGAGUGUGGCCACACCUGUCAUCAUGGCAAAGAUGGACGGUGUCGCUCUACGUUCCCUGAAGACCCCCAUCAACAUCACCCUGCGGCGCUUCGCUCGCGGCUCCGACGCCGUCUCCGCCCGCUGGAAUUUCAGCUUGGCUGGGGAUCAGGGAGGGUGGAGGAGCGAGGGCUGCCGCAUCCUGGAGAACCACGACAACUUCACCACCAUGUCCUGCAACUCUCUGGGCAACUAUGGUCUGCUCAUGGACUUGAACACCGUCGAACAGUUCUCUCCAAGCAUCCAGCCGUUACAUCCAGUCAUUUACGCUACAAGUGUCAUCCUCCUCCUCUGCCUGUUCACAAUCAUCAUCAGUUACAUCUACCAUUACAGAUCUGUUCGUGUGAGUCGCAAGUUUUGGCACAUGCUGGUCAACCUCUGCUUUCACAUGGCGCUCACCUGUGGGGUUUUUGUAGGCGGCAUCAAUCAGACACGAUACGCCAGCGUCUGCCAAGCAGUGGGUAUUCUGUUGCACUACUCCACUCUGGCGACCGCCCUGUGGGUGGGCGUGACGGCACGCAACAUUUACAAGCAACUCACGCGCAAAGCCAAACGCUACGAGGAGCUGGACGAGCCGCCGCCACCCCCACGACCGAUGCUCAGGUUCUACCUAAUCGGUGGAGGAAUACCCAUCAUUGUCUGUGGAAUCACUGCGGCAGCGAACAUAAAAAACUACGGCAGCCAAAGAUAUUCACCAAAUUGCUGGAUGGCCUGGGAGCCGAGCAUCGGGGCUUUCUACGGACCAGCUGGGUUCAUCGUCUUCGUGGACUGCAUGUACUUCCUCAGCAUCCUGCUGCAGGUGCGCCGACACCCCGAGCGGCGCUAUGAGCUGAAGGAGUCCAGCGAAGAGCAGCAACAUCUGGCUUCAGCCGGCAGCGAGGCCACGCCCGAGGGUCCCGGCAGCCUCUCCCUCCCCCUCACCGCGCAGCUCCAGCCGAAUGAGGCGUCAUCCUCGGUGGCGUCGGCCCCACACGCCGUGCCCCUCACGGCCCUGGAGAACGAGCACACCUUCACCGCACAGCUGAUUGGCGCAGUGGGGGCUUUAGGUCUGUAUUCAGGCCUGUGGGUGUUCGGCGCCAUGGCGGUAUCGCAGGAUCACCCUUUCGACAUGGCGUUCACCUGCCUCUUCGGGUUGACCGCGCUGGCGCUCGGGGCGUUCAUGGUGGCGCACCACUGCGUCAACAGACAGGACAUGAGGCGGUUCUGGUUGCAGGUGUGUUGCUCUGGAAGGCGGGCGUACUCUGCGCAGGAGGAGGUCCUUCUGCCUCAGACGGGCAUCGCCGUGAUGUCGACGGCGACGGCCGAGAAGGCCGACGGCGAGUCGGCAAAAUGCGGCCACAGCAGCGUGGAUUCUUCGUACACCAACAGGAGCGCCCCGAGCGUUCGCAACUCCGGCCACGGCAGCAAGCUGACCAACCUGCACGCAGAGGCGGCUCAGUGCAAGGCAGCCUCAGCCCCGGCGACAGCCAACGGCACGGCUGUUCUGGACAACAGCCUGACCGAGCAUUCGUUGGACAAUGAAAUUAAAAUGCACGUCGCACCGGUGGAGGUGCAGUUCCGCCCUUUGAGCAACAUUAGCAAUCCGGCAGCUAACGGAAGCACGAGCAGACAUCAGAAGAACAGAGCGCGAGCGCACAGGGCGAGCCGGCUGACUGUGCUGCGAGAGUACGCCUACGACGUGCCCACCAGCGUGGAGGGCAGCGUGCAGAGCGCCCCCAGCAGGCGGCACCACUACUACGACAUGGCGGCGCGCAACAGUCGCCGUGCGGCGUACAUGGCCUACAGGGAGCGUCAUCAGAGCCAGCUGCAGCAGGACAGCAGCGACAGCGCCAGCCUGCCGCGCCGCUCCCGCUUCUCGGAGAAAGGAAGCGGCGCUCUGCUCGAGAACGGGACCACCGUGAGCAUAGAGGCAGAGCAAGCGGCACCCGCCGGGUCACCAGCUGCCAGUAAAGACGCUGUGCCGCCGCCGGGCAGCUCCGAACCAGAAAACCAAAGCAGCAAGUGGUACGGACUCAACCUGGUCACUCAGAACGGCGGCACGCUCAAAAAAAACGGACAAGCGGUGCCUUUAGUGAACGGUGACGGCGCCUGCAUAAAGACAGGUCUGUGGAAACAUGAAACUACUGUGUAGCAACAGUUUCCCUCCUGAGGACUGAAUAAAUAAAACCCUCAUGCCUUGAAACUGUGAAAUAUCUCUAUGUUGACUUUUUUAUUCCAGAAAAAAAUAUUGGAAAUUAGCAGGAAAGCUGCCACUGAGCUGUCCUUGUAGAUAUGCUUUUGUAAAUGUUUUAUUUUUUUAUAACUUUUAAUCCAACACUGUUAAUUUGAGAGUUCUGUAUGCCUUUCCCCUCAUACUUUUUGCUUCCAGGAUUAGUAAUAAAACGGUUUCAUUUACCUAUUUAAAA